UGGUCAGGAUCAUUUCCGAUGAGAACGGCCAUUUUCUCUCUCUCUCCGGAUUUGUUCAUUUGCAACAGAUAUGGCCGACUAUUCAAACGUGGCUCCGCCGUCGGGAAAUGGCGCAGGAAUGAACGACGCUUUUAAAGACGCACUUCAGCGAGCUAGACAGAUUGCGGCAAAGAUUGGGGGGGACGGCGUACCCCCCGCGGCGCCCUCAGGCAGUGAGUUUGGCUAUGGAGGCCAGAAGCGACCCCUUGAAGAUGCCGGUGAGUACGACCAACCAGAGACCAAGAAGGUGGCACCUAAUGACUCGUUCUCAACAGCGAUGGGGAUGGGAGGAAUGGGAGGUGGAGGAAUGGGAGGUGGUGGACCACGAUCGUCAUCAGAGGAGUUCAAGGUUCCUGACGGAAUGGUUGGAUUCAUUAUUGGAAGAGGAGGAGAACAGAUAUCCCGCAUGCAACAGGAAGCAGGCUGCAAAAUCCAGAUCGCCCCCGACAGUGGAGGAAUGCCUGAUAGGUCGGUGACACUGACUGGAUCCCCAGACUCCAUACUAGCUGCCAAGAGGCUGCUGACGGAGAUCGUUGAUAAGGGUCGUCCUUCUCCAGCCUUCCACCACAAUGACGCCGGUGGCCCCGGUAUGUCUGUCCAGGAGAUGCUGGUCCCUGCCUCCAAGGCUGGCCUGGUCAUCGGGAAGGGAGGAGAGACCAUCAAACAGCUGCAGGAGAGGGCCGGGGUCAAGAUGGUGAUGAUUCAGGAAGGGCCUCAGAACACAGGAGCAGACAAACCUCUACGCAUCUCUGGGGAACCUUUUAAAGUCCAGCAAGCCAAGGACAUGGUGAUGGAGCUGAUCAGAGAGCAGGGCUUCAGGGAGCAGAGAGGAGAGUAUGGCUCCAGGAUGGGAGGAGGAGGAGGAGGAGGCGGCGGUGGAGGAGGAGGAGGAGAGGGCCUAGAUGUUCCUGUCCCCAGGUUUGCGGUAGGAAUUGUGAUCGGGAGAAACGGAGAGAUGAUCAAGAAGAUCCAGAGCGACACAGGAGUCAGGAUCCAGUUCAAACCAGAUGACGGCACUACCCCGGAGAGGAUAGCCCAGAUCAUAGGUCCUCCAGACCAGUCCCAGCAUGCAGCAGAAAUCAUCACUGACCUUCUGAGGAGUGUCCAGCAGGGGGGGCCGGGUGGUCCUAAUGGAGGGGGCAGGGGGAGAGGCAGGGGGGGUAACGGGGGUGGUAACUGGAACAUGGGUCCUCCGGGAGGAUUGCAGGAGUUCACCUUCACCGUCCCUACCAUGAAGACUGGACUCAUCAUCGGCAAAGGAGGAGAGACCAUCAAGGGCAUCAGUCAGCAGUCUGGAGCGCGUAUUGAGCUCCAGAGAAAUCCUCCCCCCAACUCCGACCCCAACAUUAAGAUGUUCACCGUCCGAGGAUCUCAUCAACAGAUAGACUACGCACGGCAGCUGGUCGAGGAGAAGAUCGGGGGUCCAGUCAGUCCAAUGGGUGGUCCUCACGGCCCACCAGGCCCCCACGGAGGUCCCUCUCCCCACGGGCCCCCCGGCCCACCUGGACCGCCUGCUCAAAUGGGCCCCUACAACCCCGGCCCCUACAACCAGGGACCCCCUGGACCACAUGGUCCUCCGGCUCCCUACCAGCCUCAGGGUUGGGGCAACGGCUUCCCCCAUUGGCAGCAAGGACAGCCAGACCCUGGUAAAGCUGCAGCUGAUGCCAACGCGGCGGCCUGGGCAGCGUAUUACUCCCAGUACCAGCAGCAACCCCAGGCCCCCAUGACGCCCACCGGCGGAGCCCCCGGCAACCCACAGGCCAAUGGGCAAGGUCAGCAACCACAGGACUACACUAAGGCCUGGGAAGAGUACUAUAAGAAACAAGGUCAAGCUGCCCCCCAGGCAUCAGCAGCAGGCGGCCAGCCAGGCGGUCAGCCAGCCGGGCAGCCAGCCGGUCAGCCAGACUACAGUGCUGCCUGGGCAGAGUACUACCGUCAGCAGGCUGCUUACUACGGACAGGGAAGCCCACAGGCCAUGGGAGCCCAGCCGCAAGCACCUCAGGGCCAGUAAUGUGAAGUGGACAAAAAGUUCAUGCUACAUUGUCGAAAAAAAACAAACAAAAAAAGCCCUUUUUUGUUAAAUGUGUUGGAUGGUGCAGAUGACGUCUUGAUGAAGAUCUUAAUAUCCCCCCCUCUUGGUUGGUUGGUUUAAAAAAAAAAAAUGUUUCACAAUAGAUGUGUUGGCCAUGAAGUCACUCCGGAGACACGACACAAACCACCGUCCUAUUUAUCUCUUUUGUUUGUUGAUUUUCUUGUAAAUUAACGGUUUUUGUUUUUAGUGAGGUAAUAUGGUGAUUUCUAUUCUUCUGUCAUGCUAUGUGGUUAGAGCUCCUGUUAUUAUCUCUAGUCGUCUACCAUGUGAUAUCAGCUCCAUUUUUAAAUAAUAUGCCUGUGUUUUGCAAUAAACUAAAGUGAAACCUACUGUGUUGGUAAGUUGGGUCGGUAAUAGAUGUGACUAAAUAUGAACUCAACUUUAAAAAAAUCAUGUACAUAUAUUCUUUGUUUUGACCGUAAUGGAAACUUGGGGAAAAAAACUUUUUUUUAAACUAAAUGCAGGGCCCUCACUUCUCUCUCUCUCUACUCUCGCUCUCCUUUGACUGUCAAAAUGAUUUUUUCUGACUGCCUGAAAGUUGUUGUCCUGUCUCUCUCCAACGGUCUACACAUCUCCUGGUAACAGUACGGUGGCUUAUUUAGAUGUGAGUUCAUUGUUCUGCCUGUCUUUGACUGGGGUCUGGUUUCGGUGUUCCCCAAGGUUCUGUUCUAGGACCAAUUUUGAAAUAUUACCCAGUCUCCACUCUAGUUUAUAUUAUUAGUCUUUGUUUUUCUGCCUGUACUGCUCUGCCUGUUCUGUAUGACCAGGCAGAUGUCUCCUUUAUCCCAUAAUGUAGUACUGGUAGAGUUGGUGGCUUAACGUUCUGAUCUACGUGUCUCAUUACCUGCAGUGUUCUGGCAUCUCUGUCAAACUGAACUGAUGUAAUCUGACUGUCUGCGGCCCAAAUGUGUUACCCUAUUCCAGUUAUAAUGCACUGGGCUCCCUAUGGCUCUGGUCUAAAGUAGUGCACUAUACUGUGAAUAGGGUGCCAUUUGGGGAGGGACUCAACCUGAACUAAGGUAACUAUAAGGCUGCGUUUUACACAUGCAGCCCAUUUUUCAGAUUAUCGUUUCGUCUCACCAACUGGUAUUUUGACCAAUUUUGGAUCAGCAUUGAAUCAAGAUCUGAUGUGAUUGGUCCAAAGGCCAAUUAGUGGACAAAAUAUUGGAUUUGGGCUGCCUGUGUCAACACGGCCUUCGUGUGCUUUACUGUUUAUAUAAUGAGUUACUUCCUCCCUCACACUCAAGCUUAGACAAGCGGUAAGCAAAGCAAGUAUAUAUUACAUUUUUUUUUUAAACAAUCCAAUAUGUUCCUCAGAAAAAAAUGUCUCACUGCAAAAAAAUGUUGCGUUAGUGUAUUUCUGUUCUGCUCCCUCUGUCUUCCAGGACAGGUAACUGGUCUGUUAUGCUGCCUUUGAGACAUGCCCUGCAUUCAAACGUUUGUUCUCUCCCCCACCCCUCCCUCUAAAAUGUGUACAUUUGCUGGCAUUUUCUAAACUCUUUUUUUGAUACUAUAAAAACAAUGCAGAAGACGUGUAUAAAUUGACUACCCAAUGCAUUGUUCUGUUUAGUCAACAUAAGAACGUAGGUUGUUUGUAGGGCCGAGGGUUUGGCUGGUCUGAGCGGUGCCAACAGUUUACCUCUUACUCUGUAAGUACAAUACUGUGACUAUAUAACAACCCCUGUGACUGAGCACUACUGCCGUGACUAUAUAACAACCCUAGUGACUGAGCACUACUGCCGUGACUAUAUAACAACCCCUGUGACUGAGCACUACUGCCGUGACUAUAACAACCCCUGUGACUGAGCACUACUGCCGUGACUAUAUAACAACCCUAGUGACUGAGCACUACUGCCGUGACUAUAUAACAACCCCUGUGACUGAGCACUACUGCCGUGACUAUAUAACAACCCUAGUGACUGAGCACUACUGCCGUGACUAUAUAACAACCCCUGUGACUGAGCACUACUGCCGUGACUAUAUAACAACCCCUGUGACUGAGCACUACUGCCGUGACUAUAUAACAACCCCUGUGACAGCACUACUGCUGUGACUAUAUAACAAUGACUGGGCACUACUGUCGUGACUAUAUAACAACCCCAGUGACUGAGCACUACUGCCGUGACUAUAUAACAAACCCAGUGACUGAGCACUACUGCCGUGACUAUAUAACAAACCCUGUGACUGAGCACUACCAUAUAACAACCCCAGUGACUGAGCACUACUGCCGUGACUAUAUAACAAACCCAGUGACUGAGCACUACUGCCGUGACUAUAUAACAACCCCUGUGACUGAGCACUACUGCCGUGGCUAUAUAACAACCCCUGUGACUGAGCACUACUGCUGUGACUAUAUAACAAUGACUGGGCACUACUGUCGUGACUAUAUAACAACCCCAGUGACUGAGCACUACUGCCGUGACUAUAUAACAACCCCAGUGACUGAGCACUACUGCUGUGACUAUAUAACAACCCCAGUGUCAAUAUAUCACAAACCCUGUGACUGAGCACUACUGCCGUGACUAUAUAACAAACCCCAGUGACUGAGCACUACUGCCGUGACUAUAUAACAACCCCUGUGACUGAGCACUACUGCCGUGACUAUAUAACAACCCCUGUGACUGAGCACUACUGCCGUGACUAUAUAACAACCCCUGUGACUGAGCACUACUGCCGUGACUAUAUAACAACCCCUGUGACUGAGCACUACUGCCGUGACUAUAUAACAACCCCUGUGACUGAGCACUACUGCCGUGACUAUAUAACAACCCUAGUGACUGAGCACUACUGCCGUGACUAUAUAACAAACCCCAGUGACUGAGCACUACUGCUGUGACUAUAUAACAAACCCAGUUAUUGUCUUGCUGUCGAUUGUAAUUAUUUGACUGAUAGCGAAACAUACAAAACUGUGGUGUUUUUGUCAAAUUGCAAAUGUUUUCCUUAAGUACCGGGUAAGUAUCAACUUCUGGUACAGAAAGUAAAGUACUCUGGAAUUUCCUCCUUCCUGAACUAAACUUGCAUUAUUAUUUUUUGGACUGUUUUUUUGUUUCCCCCUGCAAUAACUCCCAUGAUGCAUUUAGAGUAUAUUGAAUUAUAGCUUGUGUUCAAUCGGGACUCUACGUAGGAACCUGUUCUAUCACAAUACCAGUCAGACUGUUCUGCUUGAACUCUGAACUCUGAAGUGUAAGCAUCGUUUCCUGUCAGAUUUUAGUACAUGUACUAUCGACAGACUGCUCUGUGCAUUCAUCAUGUAGGAAUGUAAUCAUUUAUUGGUUAUGUAAGAGGUUUUGCUUAGUCAGAAUAUAGAGAUGGUAAUUAUUGAUUCAUUAUUUGAAGAAGAGGAGAAGAGAAAAAGGAGCGAUUUAAAUGGCCCCCCAAAAAAUGUAAUUUUCUAUUGGAAAUGCAUAUUUUCUCUGAAUUGUUCUCGUUUUUCCCAUUCAGUAGCAUGUCGACGUUGUUUCAAUGCUGCUUAUUGAUGUCUCCUAUCAUCAGCAUGUGGGUUAUUGGUUCAGUACAAUGUUCUACAAGUGACACAGAUAUUCCAUUGAUUUGAUUGUUCUAUCUCCGAUGUGACACGCUGUUCUGUUGAUAUUCAGCACUGUAACUGAACUAAGGCUGGUUUUUGAACUGAGUGAGUGCGUACAGUUGCAAUGUCAUCUGUGUGAUCGUUGCAGUGUCACUGUCACCCCAGACCUUGACCCAUAGGUUCUGCUGCUGGCAGUGAGUCACACAGGUAAGGAAAACGCCCGACCCUGUCACAUACAUUUUGUAUACACCCAGAUUUGCUCACCUGAACGUACCUGAUAAAAGCCUUUAACUGCCUAGCAUACCAUGUUCAAUCUAGCUAUGCUGAAGAUCUUAAGCUAGGUAGGACUUGUAGUGAUAUCAACAGUCGUUUGUUCAUUAUAUAAAGUUGUGAUGGUUAUGAAUGACUUGCAUGGAACAAUGUUGAGUUGUGUGGGUUUUGUUUUAGAGCAGCAACAUUUCCCCCCCCUCUGAAGCUAAUGCAACGUUCUUUAUGAUGGCUUGUCCCACCUCUGACUUCUCUUUAGUACAAUUUGCCAUUUCUUCCUAUAUGUUGCUUUUAGUUCUAGUAAUUCUCUGAUUUUAUCAAAAAUAAUAAUUUAGUUGUUUUAUUGAAGGUUGCGUAGCAUCGUCUCCCCCAUGGUAAGCCCUACUAUAAUGCGUCAAUAUGCCUGCAGCAUAGCUGGUCUACUCUAACAUUUAGCCUGGGUACCUGUCUGUUUAGCUGUCGUUCCACUCGUUGCCACUCCUUGGUAUGACCUCGGGGUGGCUAGGAGUAGAAUGUUAGCAUAAAACGGCCCACUUUUUAACAUGCCUAUAAUAUAACAGAUACUGUUGUCAGAAAGCCAGACAUUAAUGUGCAUACAAGUUAUACAAGUACAUGAUGCUGUAAUCUAAUGAUGCUCAUGCUGUUAAACUGACUGAUCAUUGGUGUGAUGCAAAGCUUUCAUUAUCUAUAAUAUAAUGCCCCACAAUGCAAUGAUGCAGUGUUGUUUAAAAAAAAAAUAUUAUAUAUAUAAACCCCCUGCUGCCUUGCCUGCCUCCCUCCCACCUCUCACUCAGAUGCUGUUGGAAGACUGAGGUUCCACAUUCUAGAUCUGGUUCUUCAUCUAGUAUGUUCUAGAUUCAGGAACAGGCCCCCAGCCAGGCUGGGCUAGUUGUCCUGUAGAGGAGACUACUGAGAGGCGUCACACCUUUUUUGAGUCUGUCUGAUGAUCGAGGUGUAGGUGACCAUUUGAGAGCGAGCUCCAGAUAAGGUAAACUAAAACAAAGCAAUGCAAUGAAAUGGGGUGGGGGGUGAUUCUGUGAUUUUGAUAAAUUGACCGUGAUGCUGUUUGUUAGGGAUGUUUCAUCUUCUUUGUACAGCUCUCUCUUUCUCUAAAAGAUGUCAUAGCAUUUCUGAUCACCUGGUGACGUAUCUAUCACAUUUAUCUCAUGAUUCUCCUCUGCCACUUCCUUCCUGCAUCCCAAAUGGCACCCUAUUCCCUACGCGUGUCACUUCUGCCCUGGUCAGUAGUGCAUUUUUACGUAGGCAAUAGGGUGCUAUUCUCAAUGCUGCCGUUGUCAUGAGCUAGGGCGUGUUGCUUAGUUGUGCUGAACCACCAAUGCUUUAGAGAGUUGGAUGAGAAAUAACCAGGAAGUGCUGUUGUGUUUUAACGUUCAAAUGUCAGGCUCGUUCAAACCUUUUUUGGCAGUAAAUUGGAGAGUUCCCUUCUAGUUCUGUUUAUCCUCUUCAUUCAUUAGAACUCUGAUGUCCCUCUUGCUAGUCAUUUUGCUCAUAGCAUAUUCUGUGUACUAAUUCUUUGCUCAGAGAUCAGCAUCUCACACGUAUACAGUUUGAGGUCAGGGGGCACGUUUGGGUGGUGUGGAAGACUCAGAAGGGAGAAAUAUGGAACAUGCCUUUAUAAGGUAAACAAAUGAAAGGUUUAUUGUCUUAUCGAAUGCAACUUUGUUUUUGUUUUUCUGUCUGACUGUUCUGGAUCUUUGUUGCCCUGUCCAGUAAUGGUAAUAAAGAUGGUGGUGUUUA